GACUACACGCAGAACACCCAUGGAAAGGAGAUCGACCUCCUGCGGGUGACGGUUAAAGUUCCCGGUAAACGACCCCCGAGAGCGGUGGCUCCUGCGGCCCCCCCCCCGCCCGGCGCUGGACACGGGGUCAACGGGCUGAGCAAGGAGCCCACCGCCGCCGAGACCACGAGUACAGUUCCUCAGUUUUGUCCGUCCACUCUGUCUGUGGUGGAGGAUCGCUCUGGGGGUCUGUCGUCUAAAAGUGGAGACCGAGGACUUCAGCGCUGCUCCUCCUCACUAUCCACCAAAGCACAGAGUGUUGACGCCAUUGAAGGAGCAGCCAGUCCAUUUGCUGGAAAAGACCCCGGACAGUCAUCGCCCAUGAGCGACAGGAAGAAGAACCGGAGGAAGAAGAGCAUGAAUCAGAAAGGAGACGCAGCCGUCGGGCAGGCGGAAGCCAAACGCAAAAUGUGGAAAUUAAAGAGCUUUGGUAGCUUGAGAAACAUUAAUAAGACAGAUGAAGAGAACGCAGACUUCAUCAUCGUGUCGUUCACGGGGCAGACGUGGCACUUCGAGGCUCAGAGUCUGGAGGACCGAGACUCGUGGGUGUCGGCCAUCGAGAGCCAGAUCCUGGCCAGCCUGCAGUCCUGUGAGAGCGGCAGAAACAAGGCUCGGAGGAGCAGCCAGAGUGAAGCUGUCGCGCUGCAGGCCAUCCGCAACGCAAAGGGCAACAGUCAGUGUGUCGACUGUGAGGCAGCCAACCCCACCUGGGCCAGUCUGAACCUCGGCGCUCUGAUCUGCAUCGAGUGCUCGGGGGUCCACCGUAACCUCGGCACUCAGCUGUCCCGCGUGCGCUCCCUGGACCUGGACGACUGGCCCGGCGAGCUCACGCAGGUCCUGGCCGCCAUCGGGAACCACAUGGCCAACAACAUCUGGGAGAGCUGCACCCAGGGCCGGGUCAAACCCACGCCCACUGCGACACGGUGG